AAAGCGAAAUACAACAUUUAAGAGGUUUGAGGUCUCCAAGAUCAGUCCGACUAAAGACAUUCUGGGAAUAUGAACGUUCAAUAGUCUUGGGGCAGUUGAAGAUUUGCUUUAGAGAAUUGCUUUAGAGAUUAGAGACCUCCAAAGGCAACUUCUGUCUACAUAUUUAACAGAUAGCAUAGCAGUCCGUCCCUUUGGAGAGGCAGUUUGGUGUAGGCAGGGAAUAAAAGAACUAGGGUGGAAACCAGGAAAGUGAUUUCUACUCCUGCUUAGGCACGAAGUUAGCUGGUUGACUUUGGGCCACUCCUUCUCCCUCAACUCUUGCCAGAAAGGAGGCAAUGGCAAACCACUACUGAAAAUGCUGCCAAAGAAAUUGCAUAGAAAAUUGCAUAGAAAACAGCAUUCAUUAUUUAGAAGAGCACAAAGUUUUGAGGUUAUCGGCCCAUCCUAUCCCCAUCCAACAUAAUACUGUUGGCUUUUAGAUUAGUUCCGUUUUCUUAUUCUUGCUUAGAUUACAAGUUUGGCUGUAUUAUUGCUACUUUUGCAACUUUUCUGGGAUUGUUUCUGUAUCAGAUAAUGAUUUUCUAUUUCUGUACUGUAAAGAUCAGGUCAAUAGCACAAUUCAGAAAUGUAGAGGAGGCAGUGAUUUUCCAUUGCCAUUUCUUAGCAACUAGUGUUCAGUAAAUGCUCCCUGUGAUCUCAGAGAAAAUAAAUAGGUGUGUUGGAUGCCUAGUUGUAAUUGUAGUAUUUAAUGACUUUGAUUUUUAUUGUGUUAGUUAUAAAAAUUCAGAGUAUUUCUAGUAUUGGUUCACUUCCAUGAGUAGCAGUAUUAAGAAAAAUAAGUAAAUAACUUAUUAAGGUGAAUUCUCAUUGGUAGAUGAUCCUAUAUGAAUUUUUCUACAGCAUUUUAAAGGCCAACUUAAUUGGUGACCAUCAAAACAUCUUUUUACAUCAACAAACUCAUUCAUUAGUGUAUUUAUGUAUUUUGCAGAAUUUUAAAGAAUAAUUCCAUCCUGAAUUUCCCAUAUUUAAUUUUACUGCAUAUCCUGAGUUCUAACAUUGGGAGAAAGAUUUUUUAUACCAUGAAAUCCUUAUCCAGUUUCUUCUUCUAUGGUUUUGCUGCAGGCUAAAAAGACCCCCAAACUGUAGGCUUUCCUUGUAGAGGCCCACGGUUCCCCCACACCACACUUUGACAACCACUACUCUAGAAUAUCCUUUUUUUCACUUGUGGUGAUCACAAUGAUAAGCAGUGCUCCAAGUUUGAAGUCAUAAAUUCACAUAAGGAAAUUCUGUUGUUCCCAUCUGAAUGGUUUCAUUUCAGCAGCCAUAUACUGGAUUGAUAUUUUUUUAUAUUAUUUAUUUGUUAAAUUUAUUUGCCACCUAUCUGGCUGUGAGGCUACUCUAGACAGUUAUUUUUCUUAAGCUACCCAUUUGUGAGUCAAAAAUAGACCUUCUGAUCUGCUUAGAUCAGGGGUCUUGGCAACUUUAAGACUUGUGGACAAAGCUGGCUGAGGAAUUCUGGGAGUUGAAGUCCACAAGUCUUAAAGUUGCCAAUUUAUUUAUUUUAUUAUUCACAUUUCUAUGCUGCCCACUCUCCGAGGACUCUGGGCGGCUUACACCAAAGACAGUAUACUAAAUAGCAUAUUGCCCCCAACAAUCUGGGUCUUCAUUUUACCCACCUUGGAAGGAUGGAAGGCUGAGAUUUGAUCCGCUGACCUGCUGAACUAGCAGUCAGCUGAAGUAGCUGCAGCACUGCACUCUAACCACUGCGCCACCUCGGCUCACCUCGGUUGGAGACCCCUGGCUUAGAUCCUAUUAAUGUGUAUUUGAAGUUUAUAUAUUUUAUAUAUUUUUUUAAAAAAGUGAAUGACAUCCUUGUUUCCAUUUAAUUUGUUUGCUAUUUGAUAAUUGGGAUUGAUCCUAUUGGAGCUCAUUAUAAUCUCCUUUUGCUUUUAAUAUAAUUAACAACUUACAAAUAUUAGUAAAUUUGAUCAACUCACUGCUCUCCUUAUAGAAUCCCAGCUUGCAUUUUUUUUCAACCAUGAAAACUGUUCAUUUAUUCACUUUCGUAUAUUUAAGUCAGUUAACAAUUCAAAAGAAUAUGUACCUUCUUAUCCCAUGUUACUCAUUUUGGUAACUGUAAUAGUCAAGGUGUUAUAUAACUGUAUAUUGAUGUUAGAAGUGGCAACUAAACUGAAACAAUGUUGCUAUUGGCAGAACAGUAUGAACAUCUUUGCUACAGUGUUUAAAAUUGGCUGUAAACAAUUACAGAUUUAUUUGUGGAACCUUUUUUAAGGCUAAGAUUUCUUGUUACUUAUAUGCAUGCAUGCUAGGACAUGUAUAAAUUCCAAAAUUGCAUUUUGUUCAUGUAAAACACUGAAUUACAAGGGCACUCUAAUUUUGGAGGCAUAGGGGGUGUUUGAAAUUGUGGGUACUGUGGUUGAAAACUUUGAAGGUUGAGAACUCCCAACAGCAAGAAGUAAAAUUGUAAGCUGCCCUGAGUCUCCGGAGAAGGGCGGCAUAUAAAUCAUUUUUUUUAAAAAAAAGUCUUUCUCUUUUGUUCCAUUGGAGGUGAACAGAGAUCUGUUGUUUUAUAGAUUAUUUCUUAUCUUUUCCCCUGAAGUGUUUCAAAAAUGUAUCCCUGUGCUUGGGUAAGAAUAUCUCACAGCAACACUAUAUAAUGUUUCUAACGUAUAAUCCAAAUACAUCUAAAACCAUUAUGUGAACUCCACACUGCCAUAAAUCAGUAUGCAAUUUGAGAGUUUCUCUGGUAAAGAGGGAGAAGGUGAUAUCCAAAUUUGAUAAAUAAAUACAUUUCUGAAACCUCACUUUCUUUUAGGCUUGUUGCUACUAGCACUACUAACUGCUAGUAUAUGAGUUGGAACUUGAUUUUAUCAUACAAGUUCAGAAAUACCUUAUCCUGUUCUAUGUAUUCCUGAGUAUAACUGAACUACGAUAGUUCUGAUUACUGCUUUAAAACCCAAAGUGACCUCAGAUAGCCAGAAUAAACCUGAAUAUGAGAAAUGCCACUUUUUCUCUUGUGAACCUACUUAUGAACAUAGAUAUUGAUCUUCUCGAGGCACUUUUGAUGUCAAACACAAUGCAAAUUUCAGAUGGGGAGAAGGCUUUUUGUGAUGGAAUUUGGAAUAUUUUCCCUAAGGAGUUUCAUUGGGUUUCAAUUUAUAUAUCUUUCCAGUAAACUCUUUGAACUUUUUUUCACCUAGGCCUUUAAAAAAAUGUUAGGUGAGGUCAGAUAAGGUACAUGUCAAAACAUUAUUUCAUUGAGUAUAAUGCUAUUUCUUAAUCACAAUAUAAAUAUUUAAGAAAAAUUUAAAGUUGCAUUGUUUGGUGUUUGUACCCAUUUGCAUAGUUUGGUGUGGCAGUUAAGAUACCAGGGUAGACAUUUGGGGAGACUUUCUGGUCCCACCUUUGGCACAAAAGGGCAAACCAUGUCUGAAAAAGCUUGCCAAGAAAACUGCAAAGACUACAGGUGGUCACCAGGAUUGAAAAAAAAAAAUUGAUUUGGACUGUGGUCCUUUUGGAAGAGAAUUAAAAUCUGGCUGUGCAGGCUGACUUGGAGUCCCAAUAGGAGCGCUCAAGGUUGAGAAACACUGGGUUAGAGAAAAGAUCUUUGUCCCUGUGAUGCCUGUGGCUUUUUAGUCUAUUUAAUUCUUCUUAAUUUUAACUCUUUUGUAUUAUCUUUUUAUUAUGCUGUAAGCUGCCCAGAGUCACUGUUAUAGUGGGGUGUGUGUGUCAUAUAAACUUAAUAAAUGACUGAAAAAACUAAAUAGAAUUGUGGAUUGUGGAUUAUUAUAAUUUUGAUCAGUGUGGUUGGUAGGAACUUUUAUUCAGAACAAUGAACAAUGUGAAUUCUAGGGGAAGGUUAGGAUUGAUUGGUUUGGAUGUGUUUUUUGAAUUCUUGGAGCACCUUUGGUUUUUUCUUUUUUUUGGAAUGACAUGUAUAUUUACGGCACUUAUCCUUUUUUUGAUAUGUUACCUGCAAAGUUCUGUUAUGAUCUUGUUUAGUAAAGAAAAGCCAUUUGAACAAUAAAAAAGGGCUCAAAGUGCUUGACUAUUAGUGUGGUAAUACUAAGAGCAGUAAUGGUAAUAAUAACGGCAAUGUGCGUUUAUGGCUUAUUAGCUGCCUAGAUUUUACAGCAGAUUUCUAAGGAAUCAAGAUUUCUUUCUCUCUUGUUCCAUUAAAACGUUGCUUCAAAACAUAUUUAUGCUGUAUUCGUUUGUUACCGCAUCUUUGCUAUGGCAAGGUUUUCAGUCAUGCUGCAAGCAUUCAAACACACGGGGGAUCAGUUUGAGAGGCACCUUUCAAGAUGGAAGCAUUAUCACAAGUCUGUCCUGGCAAUCAGGAGAGAGGAUGUUAAUGCCUGGGAAAGAAGAGCCCCUCUGGCACCACGUCAUGUCAAGAUGUUGACCAAUUUGGGGUACAAAGUUCUGGUGCAACCAUCCAAUCGCAGGGCCAUCCAUGAAAAGGACUAUAUUAAAGCGGGAGGCAUUAUACAAGAAGAUAUUUCCCAGGCUUGCCUUAUUGUGGGUGUGAAGAGGCCCCCAGAAGACAAGCUAAUUCCCAACAAGAACUAUGCAUUUUUCUCUCAUACUAUCAAAGCUCAAGAGGCAAAUAUGUCCUUGCUGGAUGAGAUCCUAAGCAAGAAGAUUCGAUUGAUAGAUUAUGAGAAAAUGGUGGAUCACAGAGGAGUGCGAGUUGUAGCAUUUGGAAAGUGGGCUGGAGUUGCAGGUAUGAUCAAUAUUUUACAUGGAAUGGGAUUACGUUUUCUGGCUUUGGGACAUCAUACUCCAUUCAUGCAUAUUGGUAUGGCCCAUAAUUAUAGAAAUAGCAAUCAGGCUGUUCAAGCAGUUCGGGACGCUGGCUAUGAAAUUUCCUUAGGAUUGAUGCCGAAAUCUAUUGGGCCCCUCACAUUUGUGUUUACAGGAACUGGCAAUGUGUCUAAGGGUGCCCAGGAAAUGUUUAAUGCUCUGCCUUGUGAGUUUGUGGAACCCCAUGAAUUGAAGGAGGUCUCUAGAACUGGAGACCUUAGAAAAGUAUAUGGAACAGUACUAAGUCGACAUCAACAUCUUGUAAGGAAAACUGAUGGGGUUUAUGAUCCAGUAGAAUAUGACAAGCAUCCAGAACUCUAUACAUCACGGUUCAACAAUGAUAUUGCACCCUAUGCUACCUGUGUGAUAAACGGAAUCUACUGGGAGCAGAAUACUCCACGCUUGCUAAACAGACAGGAUGCACAAAAGCUUUUGACUCCUCUCCAGCCUUCUCCUGCUGCUACUGAGGGCUGUCCUGAAUUGCCACACAAACUUGUUGCAAUAUGUGACAUCUCAGCAGACACUGAAGGAUCUAUAGAAUUUAUGACAGAAUGUACAACAAUUGAUAGUCCAUUCUGUAUGUAUGAUGCUGACCAGCAUAUUAAUCAUGGCAGUGUGGAAGGACUUGGGAUUUUGAUGUGUUCUAUUGAUAACCUACCAGCUCAGCUUCCAAUAGAGUCAACAGAAUGUUUUGGAGACAUGCUGUUCCCUUAUAUUGAAGAAAUGCUCCUCUCUGAUGCUUCAGAACCCCUGGAAAGCCAGAAUUACUCACCUGUAGUUAGAGAUGCAGUGAUAACAUCCAAUGGUUCACUGACUGAUAAAUAUAAAUAUAUCCAGAAACUGAGGGAGAACAGGGAAUAUAUGCAAUCCCUGACCAUGGAUAAGAAGAAGAAGGUUUUAAUACUUGGAUCUGGAUAUGUUUCUGAGCCUGUAAUAGAAUAUCUUACAAGAGAUCCCAAUGUUGAAAUAACAGCAGUUUCUUCGGUGACCCUUUGUCCUAGAACAGCCUCCAUCAUGAAGACUCAGCUUCAGCAGCUGUCCAAGAAAUACAAUAACGUUGUUCCCGUCUUUAUGAACAUCACAGAAGAUGAGAGAUUAUCAUCAUUGGUGAAGAAACAUAAUCUUGUUAUUAGUUUGUUGCCAUAUUCAUUCCAUCCUCUGGUUGCUAAGAAAUGCAUUGACAGCAGAGUGAAUUUGGUGACCGCGAGUUACCUGACGCCUGAAAUGAAAGAGCUACAGAAAAGCGCAGAGGCAGCUGGCAUUGCCAUUAUAAGCGAAGUUGGUUUGGAUCCUGGCCUUGAUCAUAUGUUGGCAAUGGAAUGUAUUGAUAAAGCAAAAGAAGUGGGUGCUACGGUGAUCUCCUACACUUCCUUCUGUGGAGGCUUGCCUGCUCCUGAAUAUUCUGACAACCCCCUGAGAUAUAAAUUUAGCUGGAGUCCACAGGGAGUCCUACUAAACACAGUUAAAUCUGCAACCUAUUUAAAAGAUGGAGAGAUUAUUAAUAUUCCAGCCGGAGGAGCUUUGCUUGAUUCUGUUACUGUCAUGGAUUUUUUCCCAGGAUUAAAUUUGGAAGGUUUUCCAAACAGGGACAGUACAAAAUAUGCUGAACCUUACGGAAUUCAAUCAGCUCACACCCUUUUAAGAGGAACUUUAAGGUACACGGGUUACUGUAAAGCUAUAGAAGGUUUUGUGAAAUUGGGAUUAAUAAAUCAAGAACCCUGCCCUAUGCUUAGUGCGACUACACCUUCUGUAAAAUGGAAAGAGCUAAUGUGUAAGUUACUUGGACUUCAGCCUUCUGUCAAAUAUGAUGAACUCCAACAGGCCGUCUGCAAACAUCUGAAUGAGAACAAAAAACAAUUGGAAGCAGUGGAAUGGUUGGGGUUACUUGGAGAUGAACCUGUUCCAAAAGCACAUAGUAUAGUGGAUGCAUUGGCCAAACACAUGGAAGCAAAGCUCUCGUAUGGAUCUGGAGAACGAGAUAUGAUAGUUAUGAGGAAUGAAAUAGGAAUUAAGCAUCCCUCUGGUCAUUUGGAAGACAAAUAUAUCAACCUUGUGGUGUAUGGAGAUGAUAAAGGGUAUUCUGCGAUGGCCAAAACAGUGGGAUACCCUACUGCUAUUGCAGCAAAGAUGAUUCUUGAAGGUGAAAUUAACAGCAAAGGUAUGAUCGUCCCAUUGACAAAGGAUAUAUAUGGACCAAUACUAAAACAUAUUCAGGCAGAAGGCAUUGCAUACACAACCCAGAGUGUUAUCAGGCAAUAAAGCACCUUUCAUGUUCCUCUCAGCCACCUAUCCACUGAGUUUCUAGUAUGCAAAUUGAAGCUUGAAAAUGUGCCAUGGAUACCUUCAAUUGAGAAGUCUUCUGUGUUGAAACCAUUGAAAUGAACGGAAGAGCAACAGCGUUUCUAUUAUCUUGAGAACCUCCAGCCUUUGGUUCAGGCUUUCACAUGAGAUUAUCCUAUUGAAUUGGGUUUAUUAAAGGCUACAGUGCCAACGAACUUAUUUGGAAGCAAGUCUCAAUGACUUCUGUUCUAUUUGUGUAUUUAUCACAGUAUUUAUCAUAGUAUGUCAUGGUAUUUUUUCCUUCAGAAAUGUAGGAUUUUUAUACAUGAGGCAAGGCUCUUAAGGCUGUGCAGAAGUGUUUUUCAUUGUUUCAUAAAUGCUGCAAAAUUGCUGCAUAUGGUGAAUGUUCAGACUAUUUUCUAGUACAGUAUUUAAAAUGGAUUUAUAAAACAAUGUAUUUCUAAAUUUAGAAUGAUUUGCUCUUUAUUAGAAAUGAAGAGGUUUAUGACCUAAGUGCCCAUACUAUUGAUUUUAAAAAGCUCCCACUUCACCCAGAUAUGGCUAAGUUUUGUCAUUCAUUGGUCUUCUAAGAGUGUAAGGGAUAAUUCAUUUUUCCAUUAGCCAUUUUUGUAGUCACUGUGUGAUUUGAUCCAUAUGCUUGGUGAGCAUCUACACUGAUUCCUUGAAUGAUAACUAUAGAGUCAAAAGUAUUUUGGCUUUUUUAAAACUUAAAUCAUAUUGUUGAGCUAGCUCAGUCUAAGUACUUCCAGUUAAAGGCUACAAUUAGCAGAAUUGGAAAAGAUCUGACUCUAGAACUCUGAAGAACUUCUCCUAAAAAGGAGAUGUUAAUGUGCAAUACGCCAGCCUUUCCUAACUUGGUUACCGUCCAACGGUAUUGGGACUGAAGUUUUCCAUAUUGUUAGAAUGUGUGAACAGUUCUUUGAAUGUCAUAAAAACUGAUACAGCUGUAACAGAGAUGAUUUUAUAGUCAAAGGGAAAACUCUUUUUCAGUUGCACUUUUAAUUUGGCAUUUUUAAUGUAUUGAGAAUGUGAUUGUAGACACUUCUGUAUGUUUAAAAUCCUAUUGUGGAGGUAAAAUGAUCUACUUUGCUUUACAUUUGCCAACUGUUAUAUUCCUAGAAAUUAUAUUUUAUAUAUUGGACAACUUCUAAAUUCUGAAGUGCCAUGUAAAGUUGCCAAUUAGUUUAUUUAUUUACAUUAUUUUGAAGACAGAAUAUUCUGCAGUGCCUUGUAAGGUCCUUACAUGCUUCAAUAUUGGAGAGAAACAAUAUAUUAGGUAGAUAUCUGGUAUAUAUAAAAAAUAUUUUCUUAUUCUGUAAUAGACUUUCAGAUCAGUGUCACACGAAUAAUAUGAAUUAUCUGUUUCAAAUGAAAAUAUGAUGUAUUGUAAGGAAACCAGGAUGUUUUCCUUAAAACCAUUCUGGAAUGGAGAAAGGUCUUUUUUUUUUUUUAUUCCAGGGAGGGAAAAAUGUGGGCAGAAUUCAUUUGGAAGUAGAGAUAAAAAUUGAAUGUGGUGGGAGAAAUGUGGAGUCUCCACUGACAUCUGCAGCCACACACUGUUGACCAUUCAGAUAGCUAAACUAAUAUCAACAUUUUCCCAGAUUUCCAAGAUACAGUGAGCGAUAGCUCUGGCUCUUUUCUUAAUAUUUUUGGAUAUACAAAUACUAAAUUUACACAUGGGCCCCUGAUAUUUGUUGUAUUAGGUUAGACCAAUUUUUAAUAUUGUAUAAUCCUGUGCACAUUUACUGAAAAGUAAAUUCCAUUGUAGCGACGAAAUGUAAUGUGUAUAUACAAGUGUAUCAGUAGAAGCUUUAAUAUCUAUAUAGCAUUAAUAUCCCUAAUUCUAUUUUUUUGAUGCUCACUUAUGUUAACAGAAGAUAAUUGCUAUCUGAAAUCAUUUAGUUGUUUUUUUUUAACAAAAUGUCCAAUGUUCUUUCUCUGCCUGUUGCGGUCACUGAGAAGUAGGAAAAGUGAGUACAAGAUAUUCACUGGAAAGUAGUGGAACUGCUUCAUUUAUACUUCGCAAAUUUUGCAGAAAAUUUUUUGAGGGCUGCUGGCCUGCAAACAAUUUGCCACCUAAUUUCACAACAAAAUGCCUCGCUUUGUACAAUCCCCAUAACAAAAAGCAAGCAAGCAAACAAACCCUGUUCUAAAAUAAAUCUGAAAAGGUUAAAUCAUAAAGCUGUGUUAUUGUGCAUUUCUAUGGCUCCUGCAUACAAGAAUGUAUGCAUGGAGAAGUGGGAGAAUAAGGAAACUAAGAAGUAAGGAGUAAAUGUGUCAGUAGAGUUUCAGGAGGGAUGAUGUCCAAUUUUAGACUUCAUUCAGGGAAAAAAGCACAACCUGUUUAAGAGAAAUGUUGUUUCAGGUAAUCCAGAAUUGAUUCAGAUCUUUACUCUUUUCAUCUCCCCAAAUUAAAGGGUUAUCAUGGAAGCCUUAGUUUUAUACGGUUUUCAGUUUACAGUAAAGGGGCAAGAAAUUGCCUGACUAAAUCCAGAGUCCCUGACAUAAAAAGUGUGCUUGUGAGAGACUAUUUUAUAAUUUGUAUUGUUUUUGAAAAUUACUUUCUUGCAGAGAGGUAAAGCGAAGGGUAAUGUGUUACAUUGGGUUUAAAAAUCUGGUGCUUUUGCUAUCCUGCCACACAAAAAUAAAAAUGUUUGACUUUCA